UGCACGGCAAGCUGACUGUGUGGGGGAGAGAGUGAGACACAGUAAUAAGAGAGAGAGACAGAGACAAAGAGAGCCAGUGAAAUAGUGAAAUAGAGUGGGGUCUGACAGAAUAAUGUAGGAAACCAUACACUGAGGAACUACCCAAACCUGAAGAAGACUUUUAUGACAACGUUUAUGGGAGACCAGGACAGGGACCCCAACCUGUGGAGACCAUGGGCAGCCCCACCCCUCCUGUGCCUUCCCUCAACGUCACCAAGUCAGCCAACACAUCAUGGGCCGGGGCGGCUGGCGGGGAGCCAGGUUACAGCGAGGUGGAAAUGGUCCUCCUAGGCAUGUUGAUGUCACUGUUGGUCGUAGGCAUCGUGUUCGGCAACAUCCUGGUCAUCAUAGCCAUCUACCGGUUCCAGAGACUGCAGAACAUCACCAACUGCUUCAUCACGUCUUUGGCCUGUGCCGACCUGGUCAUGGGUCUCAUCGUGGUGCCGUUCGGUGCCUGCUACAUCAUCUUCAACACAUGGCACUUUGGCAGCUUCUGGUGUGAGUUCUGGACCGCCACUGACGUGUUGUGCGUGACUGCCAGCAUCGAGACGCUCUGCGUGAUAGCGUUGGACCGUUACCUGGCCAUAACCUCUCCGUUCCGCUACCAGUCUCUGCUGACCAAGUGUAAGGCACGCGUGGUGGUCCUGCUGGUGUGGGUGAUCGCUGGACUCAUCUCCUUCUUACCCAUCCACAUGAAGUGGUGGAUCAGUGACGACGCGGAGGCGAAGGCCUGCAUCCAGAACAGCAACUGCUGUGACUUCAACACCAACACAGCCUACGCCAUCACCUCCUCCAUCAUCUCCUUCUACAUCCCCUUAGUCGUCAUGGUGUUUGUCUACAGCCGCGUGUUCCAGGAGGCCAAGCAGCAACUACGCAAGAUUGACCGCAGCGAGGGGCGCUUCCACGCCCAUAACAACAACAUGGCAGGAGGAGGAGGAGGAGGAGGAGGAGGAGGAGGAGGAGGAGGGGUGGAGAGUAACAACGAGAGCCGAGGAGUUGGAGGAGGCUUCAGGAAGACCAAGUUCUGCCUGCGGGAACACAAGGCCCUGAAGACCCUCGGGAUCAUCAUGGGGAUCUUCACGCUGUGCUGGCUACCCUUCUUCGUCCUCAACGUGGUGGUAGCCAUCUGGAAGGUAGGGGACAUCGGACUCGCCUUCAGGAUACUCAACUGGAUAGGUUACGCCAACUCCGCAUUCAACCCCUUGAUCUACUGCAGGAGCCCUGAGUUCAGAUACGCAUUCAAGGAGAUCCUGUGCAUCAAGAAGGUCCGGUUCCCCAACAUAGGGCCUACUAAUGGAUACGUGUACAGCGGACACAGCUGGCAGAGUGAGCAGCAGGGAGGGAGGAGUAAAGGGAGCUCGGAGGACAGGGAGGACAGUGACCCAGCUGCAGACGGGUGCUCGGGGCGGGGAGAGGCCGGUGGGUGUGGAGCUGCAGACAGAACGGACCCGAACGGGAACUGCAGUAAAGGGUUAACGACUGUACUUUAACCCCUCAUAUUUGAUCUCUGGAGACAGACAGACAUAUUUCAUUACCAUCGGCCAUUGUCACUUCACCAAGUCACUGAGAUAAGACUGGAUGGAUGGAUAGAGGGUGAAUGGUGAGUGGAUUACAUGGUUGGGACUUGUUAGAUUCAGGUCAGGAGAGGAAUUUGGUUAUUUUUUUACCAGUAGGUUUGAUAAGUAGAUCUCUAUGUUUUGAUAUGUUCAUUUAGAGAGAGAUCAUGUAGAUUGUUCCAUCUACCUCACUGUGUCAAUUGAGAUAUCUUUAUUUUCUUAUCAUGUUUUAUCUAUUUCUGUCACAUUGAUUCACUAAACACAGAAACCAGGCUGGCUCAUAACUCCUUAGAGGGUGAACAACACAAGACUUGUGAUGGGUUCGAUUCCCGCUGGGGCCACUCAUAAGUGAAAUGUAUGAACAUUUGAUAAAAGCAUCUGCUGAACGGCAUAUAUUAUGAACAGUUGAGAGAGAGAGAGAGAGAGAGAGAGAGAGAGAGAGAGAGAGAGAGAGAGAGAGAGAGAGAGAGAGAGAGAGAGAGAGAGAGAGAGAGAGAGAGAGAGAGAGAGAGAGAGAGAGAGAGAGAGAGAGAGAGAGAGAGACCUUUACUACUGAGAGACAUGGACCAUGCUCCAUUUGUUUUUACAUUAACCAUUUUCUUGAGUUUCACACAAGAUAUAAACAUUUUUCAACAUCAGCGGAAUUCAUGCAGAUAAAAACACAGCGCAGAAAAUUACAAAAAAAACACGGCCAACAUCUUUAGAGAGCAGAGUUCUGUUCUGCUCAUAAUUCCUCUGGCUUCAUGAGAUACGAGAAUAACCCAGGGGAAUGGUGACAGGUGUGGUAGAACCCGUCUCUCUCUCCCCUGCCGAAACCUCACUCCUCAAAACCUCCCUUCUCAAAACCUCACUCAAAGCCUCCCUUCUCAAAACCUCACUCCUCAAAACCUCCCUUCUCAAAACCUCACUCCUCAAAACCUCCCUUCUCAAAACCUCACUCCUCAAAAUCUCAUUUCUCAAAAUCUCACUCCUCAAACCUCCCUUCUCAAAACCUCCCUUUUCAAAGCCUCACUCAAAGCCUCCCUUCUCAAAACCUCACUAAAGCCUUCCUUCUCAAAGCCUCACUCAAAGCCUCCCUUCUCAAAACCUCACUCCUCAAAAUCUCCCUUCUCAAAACAUCCCUUCUCAAAAUCUCCCUUCUCAAAACCUCCCUUCUCAAAACCUCCCUUCUCAGUCUCCCUUCUCAAAAUCUCCCUUCUCAAAACCUCCCUUCUCCGUCUCCCUUCUCAAAACCUCCCUUCUCAAACAUGCUGGCAAUGUUCUCUCCAGAAGGCACUGCUUCCUUCUCUCCACAUUAAUAUUUAUUGCUAGUUAAUUAAGGAGGAGUUUUCAGAUAUUAUCGGAGGUUUUACAUUCAUAGAAUAUUUACAAUAGCUUUGAUGUAUAGAGACGGGGAAACGAACACUUGCCUCAGGGUGCCUGUUGAGAAACAGAAUUGUCUUGUGCUGUGCGAUUCCUUUUGAUAAGUCAAUGAUAUGAGUCACAAAUAUGGUUAUUGUUUGUUGUUGUUGUUGCAAAAUAGUGGUCGUAAGUUGUGACUUUAGUGACUUCAAUCACUUUUCAAAGCCUGUGUGAUUUUGGCACCACAGUCUUGAGGUUGGAGUACCUCUAGGCAUCACCAUAUGCCUUAUCUCUGGUGUACAAUAUAUCUUUAUGUGUAGAGUUGGACACACAAGGCUUUUGCAUUCAUUGACAUGAUGAUAAUCGCUGCUGAGCCACACUUUCCCUUCACUUUGCCUUAUUAAUCUGACCCCAGUGUCACAGCAGCCAUCCCGUCACCUGUCGUCAACUAUCUGCUCUAUCUUUACCCUGCUCCACAGAAGACCAUUUCCUCUCCCAGGUCUCCCAGUGUUGCUAGCAGAAGUCAGUGGUUAGUCUGUGGUUUGUUGACUGUAUCUGUCGUUGUCGUUCUGGGAAGUAGCCUGUUUUACUGAGGGCAGAGUCAGUCGUUUCCUCAGUGAUCGGAGGGUAGGGUACAGACUGACUCCAUGGAAUAACAAACAGUCUGUGGAACCAGGCCAGAGAUAACAGUGUCCCUGUCUCCUGCCCUAGAGGUGCUGCUUACAGGACCUAGGCAGGCUGCGUCAGAAAUAACACACUCUUCCCUAUCUAGUGCACUACUUUUGACCAGGAUCCUAUGUGGUCAGCCAGUAAAUAUGAAUGAGACAACAGGUGGACUGAGAUGAGAUUGAGAUGUUUCUGAUCAGGAUGUGAUUGCUGGUGGGUCUUUGGAUCUCAGUGAAGUUUUCCAGAGUUUUUCCAAAGUAAACGGAAGUCUGGAUCGUUCAGGAAAUCUGCACAAUGAUCUGACUAGACACUGACCUGGUUCUACAGAUGUUGAUGACGUCUGAUUCGUUUUAAGUUUCUCUCUCUUUCUAUCUUUCUUCUCUCUCUGUAUCUCUCUCUUCUCUCUCUGUAUCUCUCUCUUCUUUCUCUGUGUCUCUCUCUUCUCUCUCUGUAUCUCUCUCUUCUCUCUGUAUC